AUUCGGAUCUAAUGCCUGCCUGCUUGUAUUCCUUCCGUCCCUUCCUUGCUUGCCUCGACACGAUAUUUCUUCUCUAUUUAUCCCCAUCGGGCGGCGGAAACCAAACCAAACCAAAAAUCUCAGCUUUUCGCCUUUUUCACUCACCAAUCCUUACACUGGAAACCCAAUCUUUCAGCCAAGGACGACAUCCCUAACCCUAUCUCGGCGCCCAAGGAUUGCUAAUUUGAUCUCAGGCCCUCUCUCUUGGAAAAUGGAUAGGCUCGAUGGCCCUGCACGCCUCAUGAUUGUUUCGGAUCUUGAUCAUACCAUGGUUGAUCAUCAUGACCCGGAGAACACAUCGUUGCUUAGGUUCAACGCCUUGUGGGAAUCCCUUUACCGCCACGAUUCGCUUCUGGUCUUCUCAACCGGGAGAUCACCUACGCUUUACAAGCAGCUGAGGAAUGAAAAACCAAUGCUGACCCCUGAUAUAACAAUCACAUCAGUGGGUACAGAGAUCACAUAUGGCGAUUCGAUGGUGCCUGACCAGGGUUGGGUGAAUGUUCUAAAUCAAAAAUGGGAUAGAAACGUUGUUCUUGAGGAAACAGCCAAACUUCCCCAGUUAAAGUUCCAGUCCGAGACUGAGCAGCGACCACACAAGGUUAGCUUUUAUGUAGAGAAGGGGCAUGCUCAAGACGUGAUAAGUUCUCUUUCAGAUCGUUUUGAGAAACGUGGGCUCCAUGUAAAAAUAAUCUACAGUGGUGGUAUUGAUCUUGACAUAUUGCCACAAGGUGCUGGCAAAGGUCAAGCUCUUGCUUAUUUGCUCAAAAAGUUCAAAGAAGGUGGCAAACCACCAAUUAAUACUCUUGUUUGUGGUGACUCUGGAAAUGAUGCCGAACUGUUUAGCAUUCCAGAUGUUUACGGUGUCAUGGUCAGCAAUGCCCAGGAGGAACUACUGCAAUGGCAUGCUGAACAUGCAAAAGAAAACUCUAAGAUAAUUCAUGCAAGCAACAGGUGUGCUGCAGGUAUUAUUGAAGCUAUUGGCCAUUUUGGGCUCGGUCCUAAUACCUCUCCGAGAGAUAGUUCAGACAUAUUGGUUUCCAAACUAGACAACAGUAACCCAUCACAUGAAGUAGUUAAAUUUUACAUUACAUAUGAAAGGUGGCGCCGGGCCGAAGCUGAAAAAUCAGACUUGCUUAUCCAAAGUUUGAAACACAUAUGUCACCCGACCGGGAUUGCUGUUCAUCCUUCUGGAGUCGAACAUUCUCUUCAUGAAUGCAUAGAUACUUUUGGGCCACAUUAUGGUGAUAAGCAAGGUAAACAAUUCCGAGUGUGGUUGGACAGAGUUUUCACCUCACAGAUUGGUUCAACUUCAUGGCUGGUGAAGUUUGAUAAGUGGGAACUGACUGAUGAUGGGCGACAUUGUUCUCUAACUACAAUUCUACUGAACUCUGAGCCGGGGAAUCCAGGUGCUUUCAGCUUGUUGCAUGUCCAUCAGACAUGGCUUGAAGGGUUUGCAGCAAGGUGUCAAAAUGAUUGGAUCUUCUAACUGAUGCAUCUUCCCAGAAUCAAUUUGCAGAGUUUCAUCUUUGCCUAAUAUAGAGAAUAAAUUGGGUCCAUAGUGAUACUCAAUUGACAGAAUUUUUAUGUUUUUUUUAUUUCCAGUUUUCUGCAUUAAGAUUGUCUUUGAAGCGGAGACUUGGACUGCGAACAUUAUGAUCAGUUCUUCAGUCGUAAAACUGUUAUUGCCGGCUUAAAUUUCACGUGGAAGUCUGAAUAAUGACAAGCUGGCAACAAUAUAUUCUUGGUUGUUUUA